UGAUGGACAAUCAGCCGCCCCUCACAUCACCGGAUGGAUCCAGUCAUGGGAACCCACCAGAGAGAUGUCCUCGUCCUCUGUAUUCCUGGGAUUCCACACAGGAAGGUCACACCAUCCCUCACCAUCAUCAGGUAGAUAGAUCCAGUUAUGGGAACCCACCAGAGAGAUGUCCCUGUCCUCUGUAUUCCCGGGAUUCCACACAGGAAGGUCACACCAUCCCUCACCAUCAUCAGGUAGAUGGAUCCAGUAAUAAAAGGGAACCCACCAGAGAGAUGUCCCUGUCCUCUGUAUUCCCGGGAUUCCACACAGGAAGGUCACACCAUCCCUCACCAUCAUCAGAGUGGAAACCUGAGAGAUCCUAAAGUUAAGGUGGUGAAGAGAUAAAAGAGGAGGAGUCAAAGAGGAUCUGAUGAGGAUGGGGUGAUGGAGGAGUCAGAGUUUUUAAAUGUAUAUAAAGAUCUGUCCAGAGUAGGGCGGGGACCAUGGUGGAGCCGUCCAGCUACAGGAACCCACCAGAGCUGAUGUCCCCGUCCUCUGUAUUCCCGGGAUUCCACACAGGAAAUCACACCAUCCCUCACCAAUUCAUGGUGAAGAUCUGAUAAGAUGAAAAGUUGUUUAGGGUGAAGUAUAAGGACGUAUGUGAGGGAUGAUCAGCAAUAUUACGGAGGAGGCGGAAAUGAUGCAGGACAUUCAAAAAGGAGGACACUCCUACAGAGAUCAGCACAGUCCAUGGCCGGGAAAUGAGGAAAACCUCCGAGGAUUGUCUCACUUUGUCUCCAGACUGGAAAGUAGAAGAUGAGGACAUCACACAGUAUAGUCCAGGAGAAAACCCGGCUCCCUCCAUGGUCCAU